GCACAAUCGUUUCCAUCCACAAAACCCCCCCAACGUCCUCACAUAAACCUCGCAACAAUGUCUGGACGUCAAGGUGGAAAGUUGAAGCCUCUUAAGAGCGCCAAGAAGAAGGAGGCGGAUCUGGAUGAUAACGAUCUCGCCUUCAAGCAAAAGCAAAAGGAGGAAGCGGCCAAGCUGAAAGCACUGGCUGAGUCGGCCAAGAAGGGACCUCUUGGUGGUGGUGGUAUCAAGAAGUCUGGCAAGAAAUAAACCCCCGCUAAGCUCACUCAAAAACCCCCCAACAUCACUGUAAACUCCUCUGUCUGCUUUCCUUCCGCUUAAGCGCACCGUGUACGCAGAACGGCCCGCACCCCUACCCACUACACGUAGCACUCUC